UGUUGCUGCCGCCAUGUCCGAGAACAAUAACAAUAACGGGGUGGAGGCCGCGCUGCACGGUUCCUGGGUGGAGCUGCAAAUGAACGGCAACAAUAACGACCGCAACAGAAACGGAGGCCUGGAACACGUUCCUUCCUCUUCCUCCAUCCACGAUGGAGACAUGGAGAAGAUCCUGUUGGACGCUCAGCACGAAUCUGGCCAGAGCAGUUCCAGGAGCAGCUCCCAGUGUGACAGUCCAUCCCCUGAAGACGGACAGAUCACAUUUGAUGUGGAGAUGCACACAAGUAAAGACAGCCUCCAGUCUGAAGAGGAAGCCCCAGAGGAAGAGAAGGAAGUUGAUGCUUUAAAGAAAAGUGCCGACUGGGUAUCUGACUGGUCAAGUAGGCCUGAAAAUAUCCCCCCAAAGGAGUUCCAUUUCCACCACCCUAAAAGGUCUGUGUCAUUGAGCAUGAGGAAGACUGGUGCCAUGAAGAAAGGUGGUGUCUUCUCUGCAGAGUUCCUGAAAGUCUUCAUCCCUUCUCUGUUCAUCUCCCAUGUGCUGGCUCUGGGACUGGGCAUUUACAUUGGUAAAAGACUGACCCUGUCUUCUACCAGUUCCUAUUGAAAGGGCACGAUUUGGAAUUGAACCUGUGACCGUGUGAAGGUGCGUUCCUGUCACAUUUUGUGCAUUUGCACCAUGUCAAGCAUGAUUCAAAGCACCCUGUCCUCUACACUUUUUAUUUUUUUGUUUGUUAAACCGUCUCGUGGGCUCUGAGCAUUCAUCGUCAUUGUGAUGCCUCAGAGUCACCAAGCAGAGGCAAAACCUACUCACUCUCCAGUCAAUUCAGAGACAACAGCAAGACUUGUCCUGAUCAGGGAACAUCGACAUCCAUCUAAUUCCGCAGGCUGAAGACUCGAGGUAUAUCAAGACUGAGCUUCGCUCUGGCCUUUCUCCUUUGGUGGGACACGUAACUAUGCCUUAGUCUGUAGAAGAGAAGCCCGUGUUGCUGUUUGACCGAUAUCCCUCAAGCUCCGGCUGCCGAUCAGCAAAACCCAUUGUGGUCCAUCAUUAUAAGAGACUCUCAAACAAUAAUGUAGGUUGCAAUCAUUUCCCCUGCCCCGACUGCUGGUUUUGUUUUUAAAGGGGAAAAUGAAAAUGUAAUAUAAGCUUCAACAUGCUGAAAUAAGAAACUUCCUAAAUACAAUCCAUUAAAUAUUCUUUAUCGUUUCUGAAAUAAUCAAGUUUAUCUUCAAUAAUCCUCUCUCUGCAUCGGUUUCUCUUUAUACUGUCUUCAUGCAGCAGUUGGGUGUCAGAUAUUCAUUGACAGAUCCAAUAUAACUUAUAGGGGAGCUCCUUUCCUAGCAGAUGUAUUAGAGCUCAUUCAAAUAACUGAUUCCAGUACAAACAAAAUCUAACAAAAUAACGGCCUUUUGCAUAAAUUCUGCAUGUAGAGAGACAUGAUGUCUGGUGAUUUUAAUAGAGUGAGCUCUAAUACAUCUUCUAGGCAAAAGGAGCCCCCCUAUAAAAUAUAUUAGAUCUAACUGGCAAAGCCAACUCCUGAAUAAAGAGAGAAUGAAGAGAAACAGAUGCUGAGAGAGGAAUAAUGAAUAUAAACUUGAUUAUUUCAGAAACGGUGCAGAAUUUUUAAUUGAUUGUAUUUAGCAAGUUUCUUAUUUCAGUAUGAUGAAGCUAAUAUUACAUUUUAAUUUUCAAGAUAGUUCCCCUUUUACGCAAAAUUGGGAAAAUGCUUAUGCUGCCAGUAGCAUUAGUGUACACUACUCCUCUUUAUUACAGACACAUCUUUCCCUGAACAGACCCCUCCCAGCCUGCUCCCGUGUCCCAUACAGAGAGUGACUCUUAUUUUUAAAGACAGGAACCAUUUCCGAGCACCUCUGGCCGUGAGCCCAACGUAAAUAGGUUUGAAUUUAAUUUUUAGGUGUGUUUAUUUUAGCCUUUGCUGUUUUUCCUCUGUUCUUCUGUUUGCUCUGCAACUCUGUAACAGCAUAGCAUUCCGCUACCUAAUAUUCCCUUAUUCUUUAUAAGAAUUAACAAACCAAUGAAAAAUCUCAUUUGA